CUCCUCCAGCUGCUGCCAGAGCGGCCGGCAGCACCCCUCUCUGAUCGGGUUCUGAGCGGGUGUCUGGCGCGCCAGUGGGGUCCGCCACCGGUCACAGGCAGUGCAGCGGUGCUGGGUGGUGUGGCCUUCGUGGGCAGAACCAACGCGACAGGAUGGUGCGGAUGAGGCGUUGUCCGGCGGGCCGCUGUUCGAUGCUGUUCGCACUCCUGGCGUUGGCCGCCCUUCUAAUGCUGAUCCGGAGCGCCCACCACCGGCUCGUGCCUGAUGUGGUGCCGAAUGGCCGUCUUCUUGAGUCCGUUCAACACAUCGGCUUGGCCACAGGUGGAACGAUCAUGUCGGAGGAGACGGAGGACCCAUCGUACAUCGACGCUGAGACACACCCUGUGACGCCAAACGGGCUGACCGCGUCGGGAGUGACGGAAGAGCGGUUCGACCUCGGACCGGACCCGUUUGACGACAGACUGCGUCAGGAGGUGCUUCGGAACCUGACCCUGGCCCGGGUACGGCAGGCUGCCGCCAGCGGGCAGCACAGCUCUGACGUCAUCUUCGACCCCGUCCUCGGCACAGUCAUGCACAAGGCUGAUAUGCAGCAGUACUUCGACGUGCUCAGAACCAGGGCACGGGAACGCAACAGACCGGCCAACGCCUCGGAGGUGGAGUGCGCGCUGGCGCAGCUACGGCGCCAGCUGAGCGAAGAGCUGCGCCAGCUGCCGCCCGACGGGUUGGCGCGGCGCCAGCACCGGCCACGCGCCGUUUUCCUGGUCACCACGUGGCGGUCGGGUUCAACGUUUCUGGGUCACGUGCUGUCGUCGCACCCGGGGGUGUUCACCCACUACGAGCCGCUGCUGUCGCUGGGUGUGCGGCAGGCGCGCGCGCCGGAAGACGUCCGGCUCGCCCACCACACCCUCCGCCGGCUGCGCGACUGCAGGUACGACGGCCUGCCCGCCUACAUGAACGCCACGCGCCACAGCGUGGAGGACGUGCUGUCGCACAAUCCGCGCGUGUGGCGCGCCUGUCAACUCACCAACCGCAACGUGUGCACUAACGAGACGUUCCUGGGCGACGCGUGCCGCCUGCUGCCGCUGCACCUCUUUAAACUGGUGCGGCUGCGGCUGCGCGAGCUAGAGCGCUACGUGCGCAGCGGCGAGGCGCGCGUGCUGUACCUGCUGCGCGACCCGCGCGCCACGCUCAGCUCGCGCCUCAGCUCGCGGCUGGCGGCGAGGCCCGAGCACGAGCUGCGACGCAUCUUCGACUUCGUCGGCUUCGACUGGACGACAGAGGUGGAGCGCGUCGUACGGGAAACAACGCAGGCCGAGGGCAGGAACGAGCCGUGGUCGGUGCAGAAGAAAUCUGCCCAGCACGUCAACCGGUGGAAGCAACGGCUAACCAGCAAACAACUCUCAUUCAUCAACAGAAAGUGCAAAGGCGUGAUAAAUGAGCUUCACAAUCUCAACCCGGGACACUGA